GAAAUAAGGAUUUUCCAAAUAAUCCAAAAUUGCCCCAAGAAAAAAAGCAAGAUAAGCAAAAAGAUAAUUCGAAAAAAUUAGAAAAAGAAUUCCAAGAAAUAAAAAAACAGUUAACUGAGGUUCAAGAGAAAUUAAUCGAAACUUUGGCAAGAGUAGAAAAAUUGGAAGGCAAGGAAGACAAGGAAAUAACUAAAAAAUUAACCCAAAUUAAGAAAAAAAAUGAAGAAUUGGCUAAAACUACGGAAAUUGGUUCUUCAUCGGAAAUUAAGGAACAAAUUAGUAAAUCACAAAAGUUAUUAAAAGAAGUGCCUGAUAAUACUACUAACCAGAAAGUUGGAGAUAAUAAGGAAAAUGGCUGA